AUGGCUAUGGCCAGCGAUUUCUACUUGCGCUAUUAUGUUGGGCACAAGGGCAAGUUUGGACAUGAGUUCCUGGAGUUCGAGUUUCGACCAGACGGAAAGCUUAGAUAUGCCAACAACAGCAAUUAUAAAAAUGAUGUCAUGAUCAGAAAAGAGGCUUAUGUACACAAGAGUGUAAUGGAAGAACUGAAGAGAAUUAUUGACGACAGUGAAAUUACAAAAGAAGAUGAUGCUUUGUGGCCUCCCCCUGACAGGGUUGGCCGACAGGAGCUUGAAAUUGUAAUUGGAGAUGAACACAUUUCUUUUACCACAUCAAAAAUUGGUUCCCUUAUUGAUGUAAACCAGUCAAAGGAUCCUGAAGGCCUACGAGUAUUUUAUUAUUUGGUACAGGACCUGAAAUGUUUAGUUUUCAGUCUUAUUGGAUUACAUUUCAAGAUUAAGCCAAUCUAAA